UGUGCCUUCUUGACUGCACCGGAGUAAACAUGUGAGAAUUUAAACUCUUGUAGGCUGUGACGUUUUAUAACUCACUUCCCCAAUACGAAAUUGAAAAGAUUACUAAACUAUGUGAAAUGUUUGAACGUUAGAUCCACCAGCACCCGAACUUAGCAGUACAACGUAUGUACAGCACAAUGCCCGUGCAGGCUGUUGCCGUUGACAACAGAGGCGAUGUCACAUCCGCGUUCACGUGACAAGGAAAAACAAACGCGCGGCAGUUCUUUCGCCCAAACGGUUUCUGCAUCACACAGAGUACAGGGUUUGAAGUAACCUAAGGCAUAAAUACGAGUUGUAGUUAAGUGUUUGAUGCUGUUAUUUAAAGACUGUGGUUGCACUGUCCUGUGCUGGCUGGAAUUAUUACAAUGGAAAGUAAAGGCAGAGUCCCAAAUCCAGUACGACCCCGACCAAACAGUGUUAAAUCUGGUGGUGAAACAAACAAAGUGCGCGGAGUUCAUACGAGAAAGAUUCCUUACAGAGUUGGAUACAACUGGAACAAAGGUGGAAGACUCAAGGAGCUGAGAAUCAGACACCUUGCCAGAAAGUUUCUGAGGAUCUGGAUACAGAACACGUUUGGUCAGAUACUUCCUCAUCAAGCCAAGUCUCACUAUAACAACUUGGUCCUGAGGCGAGCCUUUGAAGGAUGGAGAGACGAGUGGUGGACGUCCAGAAGGGAGUGGACUCUUACAAUGCGGGCAGAGUGUCACCACAAGUAUUAUCUGUAUAACCUGACUUUCCACGGUUGGCGAAAUUUUGUAACUUCUCAGAGGGAAAGGAAGAGUAAGAUGCAGAAAGCUGAAUCAUUUGCUGAGAAGCAGCGCAUGCGUGCAGUUUGGGACCGAUGGGAGGUUUUCACGGAAAUGAGGAGAAUGAAGAACAGAAUGCUUGAAUCGGCUCUCGAACAGAACAGACUCUCAACCAUGCGUUCAGCUUGGAGCUUGUGGCAGACUCGGCUACGGCGUCAUCAAAACCUGUACACUUUAGAGGAGCAAGCACUGAAACAGAGAGAACGGAUUUUACAGAGCGUGACGUGGCUUCAUUGGAAAGAAAUGCACGCAGCUGCUUGUUGCCAGAAAGAGAAAGAAUCCAAAGCUGCACUUCACUUCAUCGUAGUAGUGAAAAGAAGAGCGUUGAAUCUGUGGAUAACUUAUGUAUCCUGUCACCAGAGCAAGAAAAAAGCACAAGCUGUGGCUGAGCAUGCCAGUUGUUUACGUCUGGCAAGAGGGUGUUGGAGUAAAUGGAGAAACGCGGUGGACCGCAAACAGGCUGCAGAGAACCGCCUGCAAACAGUUCUCCAUUUGGCUUCACAGAGCAUCCAGCGUAGAGCACUAGUGCGCUGGAGAGCUUAUGUGACCUUGUGCAGAGAAGAGUCUGAGAGAAACCAGAUUGCAAGUCAACAUUUCCACCAUCAUUUACUGCAUGCUGGAGUGCGUGGGUUGUCUCUCAACGUCACGCGGAACAGAGCCCACAGACUGAACAACAACAUGGCUGUCCAACACUGUCGACAAACUAUGACGAGUAAAUACUGGAAUCUGUGGCAGGACCGGCUGGAGGAAGCUGAAGAUCAGAGUUUUAAACCCCUCACAGAAAUGGCACUGACUACAUACAGCAAUUCACUGUUGAGGAGCUCUUUUUACCACUGGAGAGAGAAAUUUGCUGAGAAAAGACGCAUGCAGGAAUUGGAGCGUCGUGCAGACACGUGGUUCCAAGAGCGCACGUUACCUCUGUGCUUCAACACGUGGGUCCAGUUCACUCUGCAGAGAAGACUGCGUGAACGGAGAAGACACAAAGCAGAAGUCUUCAAUCGACGUCGCCAGUGUUCCUGGGUGUUUUACACCUGGUGGGGACAGUCAGAGAAACACAAGGAGGAGAUGCUUUCAGAGCGGAUGGCAAUUCUUCAUGAGGAGCGAUGCCACGUGCAGAGAGCCUGGGCUCAGUGGAGACGACGCACACAGCAGCAGAUCAAAGACGGGGAGAAACAGGAGGCUUCACAGCGCCUGUACCUGCACAAGCUCCUCCACAAGGCAAUGACCCAGUGGAAGGACAACAGCACCGAGAUACGAGACAGGAGGAGCAGGGAGCAGCAGGCGUGUUAUCAGGGAGACCUGUGCUGCAUGAGAAGGGCUGUAGAAAAAUGGAAAAAGUUUGUUCAGAUCCAGAGACUGAAGAGAAGCAGGCUGACGCAGAUUCAGCGUCACCAUGAAGCUAAAGUCCUCAAGCACUCCUUUAUGGGCUGGAAGGAACAGCACCUACAGACGUCUCAGAUACGUGACCAAGCCGAGGAACUUUACAUGCAGCAGACACAGUGUUUUCUGAGGAAAGUUCUUAAUGACUGGAAAAAAAACGCAGCUCAACUCGCAGAAGUCCGAGCUGCUGAACAACAAGCACAGAGUCACUAUGAGUUCUUCUUUCAGCUUAAGGUGUUUCUUGCUUGGAGAGAUGCAACAACACGUGCAGUGUCAAUGCGCCACCAGCAGAGGGAAGCACUCAGCAAGGCUCAGAGGUCUAUAAAUCAAGUGCGUCUGCUGUGGUGUUUUAGACGAUGGAGGAAACAAACCAGGGAGGCUCGCGCGGAGAGGAUGUGCAUGGAAAAAGCCAGGCGGCACCACAACUCCAAACUUCUCUCUAAAACUGUGAAAGCGUGGAACGAGCAUCACUACCAACAACAGAAAAAUAAGGUGAUGAAACGACAAGGAAUCUUGUUGCUGAAAUUAAAAAUGUACCAGAAGUACUUCGAGCAGUGGAAAACGAAGCUGCAGCACAGACGCAGAGAGGCUAAGCAGACGGAGCGAGCGCUCUGGCACUGGUCCCUCACGCUACAAGCCAAGGUGUUGUGUGGAUGGAGGCUGUGGGUCACCGAGCAGCGCAGGAAAGAGGAACAGGCAGCCAGAGCUGCACAGGUCUACAGAGACCAGCUGCUGAGGGAGGGGGUCACAUGCAUCCUCACAUAUGCUGCUCAUAUGAAUGACCUCACAACGUGCCUCGCGCAGCACAGCCAGGAGCAGAGAUCACAGCACCUCCAGAGAGUCGUUAAACGUUGCGCCAUGCGUUGGAAGAAGCGGGCACUGUGUAAACCGCCAAGAGAGCAAGAGGCCAAAGCGCCGCCAAAAAAGAGUGUGACCUUCUGUCUGAGUGCGCCGAACUCCUCAUCUGACUCAGCGGAGCAGGAAGCUGAAGAUCGAGUGCUUAGCAAGCUGCUUCAAACCCGAACACUUCGACGGCAGCCUCGUCGCUGCAGAGAGCUCUCUGAGCCUCCCAUCAAAGUUUGGCCACUAGAAGGCAUCCAGAGCCAUUGUGGCAGCACAGAGGCUACUCCCGCUAGCUUUACCUCCACAUGUCUGAACACCCUCACAUCUGCUUCGUCCCCCUCUGAGCCUCACGUGUCCAUCACAGACUCUACUCAAGAACCAGAUCUACUUCUACCUCCUUCUGCUUUCAUGACCACUGGGACUCCGAAUAUGUUGGGAAAAUACAGCGGUUCAGAUCCUGGAGAUGCUCCACUCUUAACUUUUCAGUACCAGCCAUCAACGUAUCCAGGUUUCAUACCUGCGCAAGAGAUACAUCAGAGAGACUCCAGCAGAAGAACGGAGUCUCCUCACGUAGAAGAUGCAGCAGCUCAUCCAGCUUCAGCUUUGACAGAAGAGCUUCUCAGCAUUCAGCUCGACAUGAAGAGUUUCCAGAAGGGCAAGAGACAGCUCCGGGCAUGGCGAAAGCUGAAAGAGGUUCUGCAGACUUGGCUGCAGACCAGUGGAAAGGAUGAAAACAUGGAGAGAAACACUGUUUGCCAAGAGCUGGAGGAGUUGGAGGAGCGCGUCGACAGGCUGACCGCGGAGCUGGAGAGACGGAAACCGACGAUGCUGCUUCACGCACAGAGAAUCCAACGUUUACAGUCUGACCUACGCACUUCAGGAGUUUAUUUUCUCAGUGGAAAAGCAGAUAAGAUGGAAACGGAUAACUGUGCCUUCACAACAUGACAGGAUAACUCACCUGGUGACUGUGUGACAUUUUCUUAAAGCAACACAGAGACUGGCUUGAAAAUUAAAUGAAGAGGAGUUCACCACAUGUUUCGUAUUUUACUACAAACUUUUUUUUUU